GAAGACGUUAAUUUAGCACCUGCAUGCGUUAAUUUAGCGCUUGCACCGGCUUACUUUACACACGCAGCAUUAAAACUAUCGCGUUUUGACCAUGUACUUUAGACCCAAACGGCGUUCCAUACGUUUUGACCACGUGCUUUAAGACCCAAACGGCGUUCCAUAUAUCGUGACGGCCGAAAAUCCCAGGCGGUAACGUCUAUCAUUCAAUGUAACUCAAAAUGUCUGUUGCCUUUGUACCAAAAAGACAUAGAGGAAAAGCUCAGAUCAACCAAGAAACCAUCCAAAGAUUGCUGGAUGAAAAUGACCAGCUGGUAAGGUGCAUCACAGAGUACAUGCAAAAAGGACGAGCAAUGGAAUGUGUACAAUAUCAACAAAUCUUGCACCGCAAUAUUGUUUACCUGGGAACCAUAGCAGACGCCAGCCAAACUUGGCUCCAACCACAAAUAUCUCCACCAAUGGAGAGGCACCAACAUUGACAGCCCAGAAUGGAUAUAAAGGAAUAAUUUCCUCUGAAUUGAUUCACAUCUUUUAUUUUAUUGAAAAUAAAGUUUGCAAUUUUUUUUCUG